UGUGGCUAAAGUGUGGGAAGGCAAGGCAGGUGGGCCCUGGGUGCCACCUGGGAACCCUUCAAAAGCCCCUGUUGGGAAUCUCUGGGUGACAGAAGGUUCUAACUAGAAAACUUUCAAGUGCUGCAGAACAUCAAGCUGGGAUGUUAAGCAAAGCAAAAAUAAAAGUGAGGGGGUAGGCAGGGUGUAUAGUUCUGGAGGACUUGAAAACAUGCUGCUCACAACUGUGCUUUAUUUUGCAUGGUCAGUAUUACCUGACUCUGGGUUUUGUAUUUUUUCUAAUGAACCAACUCUAUUACUUAUGAUUUUGAGAACAUAUAUAAAACCAAAGGCCACAUAUGGACACUCUGAUUAUUAUUCGACCCCAUUUGGGGUGUGUGUGUAACUUUUGUCGUUACAAACAUUGUGUUCUAUGUACAGAAUAACUGGGUUGUUCCUGUUCCCUGUGAUUGUGCUGGAGACUGAGUGGCAAUCUUUGUGCAGCUGAGUAGCAUAGUUUAGCAUGAGCUGACACAUGAAAACGAAGCGGACGGCAAGAAAUGGACACAUAAUAGCACAAUCCCAUUUGCCAAGAUGGUAGGAGGGCAUGUUGGCAGUUUAAGAUCAUACUAACUUAAGUGGGGCAUUUAUCUGACCUAAAUGAAACCCAACGCAUCGUUGCUCAGACCACCCCGCCUUUUCCAAUCUCGGGGGAGGGAGUCUUUAAUGAUGCUCUUUGUAAACUGAUGCCCAGGGCAGUAAGACUUUGGAGAAGUGCUGCUUGUAGAAAUCAAACAGAGGCGCUUCGUCUAAAUGAAAGGCAGCUACUGAAGCGCACGGGAAGUUUUCUCCAGCGCCAGGAAAAAAAUGUCUCUCCUCGCCAAAGUAUUGCAAAGAGAUUGCAAACAGGUGCUCAAGCCUAAAAGGAGUUGCGUUUGUGGGGUGAUUUUUGUAGGUAUGUUUCACCAGCUGCCCAAACUUUCAAGCAACACAUCCCUGGAGGUGCAGAAUAAUGCAGCUGCAAGAGCAGAGGACAAAGAAGAGGAGGGGACGGUGGCAACUUCCGAGGGAGCCAGGGGACUCCUCAAAUCCAGCCGGCACCCAAGCUACCAAAGAGUGAAAAGCCUGAAAGAAAUGCCAGGACCCAAGACCUUCUCCAAUCUCGUCGAGUUUUUCUGGAACGAUGGGUUUGGACGCAUUCAUGAAAUCCAGCAAAAGCACGCUCAGGAAUAUGGAAAAAUUUUCAAGUCUCAUUUUGGUCCCAAAUUAGUUGUAUCCAUUGCAGAUCGAGACAUGGUGGCCCAGGUUCUCCGGGAAGAAGGAUACAUGCCACAACGAGCUGACAUGGAUUCGUGGCAGGAAUAUAGGGAUCUACGAGGGAGAGCUACAGGACUUAUAUCUGCAGAGGGGGAACAGUGGCUAAAAAUGAGGCGUAUACUAAGACAAAAAAUGCUAAAACCCAAAGACGUUGCCAUUUUCUCAGGAGGAGUUAAUGAAGUUAUUGCAGAUUUAAUUAAGAGAAUCCACAUUCUCAGAAAUCAAGAAGAAGAUGGGCAAACAGUGACAAAUGUUAACAGGCUUUUUUUCAAGUAUUCAAUGGAAGCAGUGGCAAAUGUUCUAUAUGAGUGCCGCUUGGGGUGCUUGGAAAAUCACAUCCCCCAAAACACUGUGGAAUACAUUGAAGCUUUGGAGUUGAUGUUCAGCAGUUUUAAAACCACGAUGUAUGCAGGAGCUAUUCCCAAAUGGCUUCGUCCAAUUAUUCCUAAACCUUGGAGAGAAUUCUGUAGAUCCUGGGAUGGACUCUUUAAAUUUAGUCAAAUUCAUGUUGACAAUAAAUUAAAAGAUAUAAAGUCCCUUUUAGACCAAGGAGAAGAGGUAAAUGGCGGACUGCUCACAACACUGCUUAAGAGUAAAGAGCUUACAGUGGAAGAAAUCUAUGCCAAUAUGACGGAGAUGCUUUUGGCAGGGGUUGAUACAACUUCAUUCACUUUAUCCUGGGCAACAUACCUGUUAGCAAAGCAUCCAGAGGUACAGCACUCAGUCUAUAAAGAGAUAAUCAGUAACCUGGGGAAAGAUAAAGUCCCUGAUGCAGAUGAUAUCCCCAACUUGCCAAUGAUUAGAGCUCUUCUCAAAGAAACCUUAAGGUUAUUUCCAGUAUUACCAGGAAAUGGUAGAGUAACCCAGAAAGAGAUGAUUGUUGGAGGAUACUUGAUACCUAAAGGGACUCAGCUGGCACUUUGUCAUUAUGCUACAUCAUAUCAGGAAGAGAAUUUUCCAUUAGCAAAUGAAUUCCAACCUGAGCGCUGGCUAAGGAAAAGCAAUAUGGACAGAGUGGAUAACUUUGGUUCCAUCCCCUUUGGUUAUGGUAUUCGAAGCUGUAUAGGAAAGAGAAUUGCUGAACUGGAAAUCCACCUUGCAUUAAUACAGCUGCUUCAAAGUUUUGAAAUAAAAUGUUCCCCCAAAACUAAAUCAGUUCGUGCCAAAACCCAUGGACUAUUGACUCCUGGAGAUCUAAUCAGUGUGAAGUUUGCUGACAGGAAAUGACAGUAGGACCUUCAGGAAGCUCACAGCAUACUCCACAGUCUGACUGCUGAUUGGAAGGUGCUAAUGAUUUUUUUAGCCCCUGUGGGAUUUCUGUAAUCAAGCAUUAGAUGCCUCCCUAGAGGUUUAUCUAUAUCCUGAUAGUUUUAUGUAUAUUCACAUGGAACAUUAAGGAAGUACAAACUGAACCAAUUCCUUUUUUAAAAUUUAUGAUGAGAAUCCAGUUUACCUUUGAGUGAGACAGUAAAAGCAAGAAGUUCAACAUUAUACACUUUACAAACAAUGUAUUGCAUUCCUGUGAGAGGAAGAACUGAGAUGUUCAGUUUAUCCACCACAACAUAUCUAGAUUCAAGUAAAUGAUAAACUCACAAUUUGGUUAUCACCUCCUUUUAAGCAAUUACCUAAGAAGAUAGAUAAGAAGCUAUGAUCUGAUCAUAAGGUAACUGAUAGCAAUUUUAGACCAUAUAAAAUGGUGACAGCAUGAAUAACAUGCAAACUCAGUCUUAAAGAAAAGCAUUCCUUUGUGUGAUGGUUCGCAAACACUGAUUUGCGAUGGUUUUUUUCUUCUCUUAAGUAACUUUUUGGGAAUUCUGACUCUGAAUAUAGUUCCUUUUCAAAUAGAUUUGGAGGUGUAUUAAGAAUAAUCCAUCAAAAAUUAGGGGAACAAUUUGAAAUACAUUUUAAAGAAAAUUAUUUUAUUUGCAGCCUAUGUAGAUUCACAGGUUUUAUCCCCUUAAAGAGUUUUUAAUGAAGUAAAAGGUUUUUUUUAAAAAAUAAAAAUAAAAAUAAAAUAAAAUAUGGAAGGAACAUAAGGCUUAUGUAAAAUUUAGUGAGUAAGCCACAUAAAUGGUGAGAGAAUACAAUUUUAUAUUUGUUCCAUUUUUAUUCAGUUACUACAAAUAUAGGUUUCUUUUUAAAAAUGACGGUUUUGCUUUAAUAUCCUGACAGGUUUUUUUAAUUGCAAGCAGAAUAUACUUUACACAAAGCUUUGUUAUAUUUGUGUGGGUUGCUGCCCUCUCUAGGACAGAGACAUAAAUGCCACAGUGUUUUGUACUUGAGAAUUAAUGCACUUUGUAAGUUGCUUAUCUAAGCAAUUUUGUAUAGCUAAUGGCAACUAAAGGAUAAGUUUGUGUUGAAACUUUUGACAUUAUGGGUUUGAAGGACAGCAGUGUGACUUUUAUGCAGAAAUUAUUGUAAGGGAAAAUGAACAUUUGAAGCUGCCUUCUACUGAGUCAUAUCAUUGGUCCAUCUAAUUCAGUAUUAUCUACACUGACUGGCAGGGGCUGUCCAGGGUUUCAGACAGAACCCUUCCCCAGCCCUGCCUGGAGACUUUCUGCAGGCAAAGCAUCUGCUCUGCCACUGAGAUAUAGCCUUUCAGCCUUUAACCAAAAAGGGUUGUUGUUAACAAGAUUGAACAUGCAUAUUUUAAAGUCAUAUUGACUAUGUGCCUAUAACAGACUACAACGAUACUUUAAACAUUUAGAUUAGAUAUUUCUGGAAAGCUGAUCCUCCUGCGUCCACCAUAAUACUCACUAAUCCCAGCUUUGCACUAAUUUUCCAAUUCUGUGAGAAGGAAUAUGCCCAACUUUCUCAGGAACCUCUUCUGUAUCUCUGGGCAUCAUCUAGAAGAAAAAGCUCAGAGAAUCAAAGCUUGCUUGCCUUCUGUAGCUAGGUCUGCUUCUAGCACAAUUCCUGAAGCUGAUCAAGUAGGGAUCAAAGAGUUACUGUAAGCUCUGAUUCUCAACUUGAAUGGAUCUGCAUUUUGGACUGUUACAUUAGCAUUUGGCUCUGUUUUUAUUUUUAAUCUAAUAUUGUUAAUGGUAAACUUUUGUAAGUUAAUAUUUCAUAUUAUAUAAAAAGGAAUUCAGAAAAGAACAUUUCAAUAAAUUCUUAUCAUUAAUAGUUUGAA